AUGCCGCAAAUACCUCAUGGUCAUCAUCAAUUACUGGUCGUAAAGCAGCCUGCCAUUGUUUGGGAAACAGCAGAGUUCUCUUCGGGCUCCAGCUCUGUCCAGCUCUGUCCAGCUUCUUCCCGCCUCUCCCAACCCCCUUCCCGAUAUCUGACUACCUUGUUCGCCAUGGGCACUGUGCUCCCGUCCUCUGAGGCCGGCCUUUCUGGGAUGACUACCGGCGGCAGUAUGUCCGAGUUCGUGCCGUACGAUCCGAGCACCGUCCACCCUGAAUCCAAGCAGUUCUUCUGUAUUGUACAGACAUCGUCGAUCAGCAACCCCAGCGGCCAGCCCUACAAUCUGGUCCGCAUGACAGCACUUGGUCACCGCGCCCUGGCGGCGGCUAUGCUGCCCUUCCCCCCCCCUUGGCGGUUCUUCUACUACCGCCCGUCUGCUUCUGCCCUUUCUAAUCAUGUCUUCGUUUUUGUUCGCUCUUCCCUUUUUCUUCCAACUGCGCAGACGGCGUGGUGUGUAUCGAACCCCAAUCCCCUGUACCCGACAACCUCCCAGUAA